AUGUCUUUGGCACGAGUAAGACGGAUAUGGCUCAGCGCGCUCCAAAAUACCCAGUUCAUCGUCACGACCCUGACGAUUGUACUGAUCCUUCGACUGAGGACGGCCCAUGCGCUCUGGUUCGGCGCAGGGACAUUGUGUGCCGCUUUUUCGGGUACGACCCUUUCGCACGCCUUUCCAUUCUUCCGUUUUGAUCUCAAGAACCACGCUGACUUCGCCCUUUCUCUGCGAAUGCGGGUGUCCCCCAUCUCUCGGCCACCCACCCCACCUCACAGCCAAAGUGCUGAAACGAUUCAUCCGCCAACCUCGACCGGACGGUGCCCUCCACUACGAAACAACGUAUGGCAUGCCCUCGACACAUUCCUCCUCCAUAGCCUACUUCGGCACCUACCUCACCUUAUCCUCCCUCUUACUCCCUUUCCACCCUCGUAUCUCCUCCCUCGUCCCUCUCUACGUUCAUAUCGUGAAGCUCGGAUCGGACAAGUUCAUCUCGGGGGAGAAUUUGAUUCGACUUUCUCUGGCGUGCUUGUUCGUAGUCGGCGCUUCGAGCGUGUGUUGGUCCCGUAUUCGCUUGGGGCAUCAUACCCGGGCGCAAGUGAUCGUAGGGGCUUCGUUGGGGACCGGUGUCGCGUGCGUUUGGUUCGUGCUUUGGAUAGGCGUCGAUCAAGCGCUCGAACUCACCUCUCGGAUCCGGACCGGGUGGCGGACCGGUCACUUCAAACUUGCUUACCCUUGGAUCCCCACUCCUAUUUGGGACGGGGUUCAUGAGUACGGUACGGGGUGGGAGCGGAUAGCAGAGGACACGCUGUUGUUGAGUUUGGAGAUAUGGGCAUCUGGGGAAUGGAGACAAGGGGUUGGAGAAAUGGGCAAGGUUCUGAAAGGGGUGGUGGUGGGGGGAAUGAGUAGGGAAGAACUAUAG